AUGGCCCUCGCAGUCGGCCUGCAGCAACUGGGAGCCUUCCUCGCCUGCUUUGUCGCCUGGCCCAUCACAAACCGCUAUGGCCGUCGCAAGACGCUCGCGCUGGCGUCGGCCAUCUUCGUGGUCGGUGCCGUCAUUCAGACCAUCGAUACCCAUGCCAUGGGCGCGUUCUACGCCGGACGCAUCAUUGCGGGCAUAGGCCUGGGUGCAGCGACGGGCAUAUUCGUCUCGUACUGGGUCGACUAUGGUGUUCUCAAGGGCAUCUCCAGCCACAAGUCAAUGCAAUGGCAAAUCCCCGUCGGCCUGCAAAUCGUUCCCGCUGCCCUCCUCGGUCUUGGCAUGCUCACCCUUAAAGAGUCGACGAGGUGGCUAACACAGAAGGGAAGGCACGAGGAGGCUUGGGAAAGCUUGAGAUGGGUACGCGCAAGCGACUCCCAAGAGGUGGCAGACGAAAUGAAGGAGAUCCGCACCGGCGUCGAAAUGGAGGCACGUGAGACAGAAGGCUUCCAGGCCAAAGAACUCCUCGAAUGGCCAAACUUCAAGCGUAUCUUCACCGCCUUCGCCGUUUUCGCUGCGCAGCAGGCCACCGGGGCCACCGCCUUUGCAUACUUUGGUCCGCAGUACUUCAAGCUGCUCGUAGGAGCUGGCGAUAAGAACCUCCUCCUGACAGCCAUCUUCGGUGCCGUUAAGGUUGUGGCAUGUUCGGUUUUCGUCUUCCUCCUCUCAGAACGGGUCGGUCGCCGACAGGUCCUCAUAUGGGGCGCGGUCUUCAUGGCCGCAUGCCAGAUCAGCUGUGCCGCCGUAGUGAAGAACAUCCCCGCUCCCUCUAACGGAAACACAACCCCUAGCGGUAUUGCAACAGUUGCCUUGAUAUACCUCUUUGUUAUCGCAUAUAACUUCAGCUGGGGUCCUCUCCCAUGGCCGUACAUCUCUGAGAUCUUUCCGACACGGAUUCGAGAACCUGGAGUCGCAGUUGGAGUAUCUUCUCAAUGGCUCUUCAACUUCAUUUUCUCGCUAGUCACACCCUAUAUGAUCGACGACAUGGGAUGGGGUACCUUCCUCUUCUGGGGCCUCGCAGAUGCAUGCAUCGCCAUCGGCACUUUCGUAUUUCUCAAGGAGACAAGAGGCUUAUCGCUCGAAGAGAUUGCUCACGACGACUACAGCCGCGGGAAGAAUCUUGAAGAUGUUGAAGGAGAUUCGACGCACCCCCUUCACGUGAAGCGUACUUGA